AUGAAGAUUGCCCAGAUAUUUCUGCGCCGCACUGCCUCCUUGAGGACAUCCUUACGGAGCGUCUCACAAUGUUGCAGUGGUCCCAAAUCUAUGUCCACCCAAUCAAGCAAAGGCUACAUGGACACGCCCCUUUAUAUAUCCUCGAUCGACGCAGAGCCGCUUCAUCGUUACCACGAAGGUGGUUAUCAUCCAAUUAUACUCGGAGAAUUCUUACAUUCUGGAAGAUAUAAGGUGUUACAUAAACUAGGAUGGGGUGGUUACUCAACGGUUUGGCUGGCGAGGGAUCAAAGGUUGGAUGAACUUUAUGUUGCUAUCAAGAUCGGCGUUGCCGAAGCCUAUGAUAAAGUGAUACAAGAGCUCCAGGUCAUGAAAAGGCUGGUGACAUGUUGUCCUCGUCCAAAACACAUGGUGCUCAUGCUUGACCACUUUCAUCUGAAGGGGCCAAAUGGAUGGCAUAACUGCCUAGUCUUUGAGCUUUUGGGCCCCAAUAUCCCUGAUAUUAUUGAUGCACACUUCUCCCAUGGAAGGCUCCCAGGGAAACUUGCCAAAGGAGUCGCGAAGCAAAGUCUUAUCGGACUCCGCAGCUUGCAUCAACACAAUGUUGGACAUGGAGGUUGGUUCCUCAUUCCGAGACUCGAAGCGAUUUCAACUCCUCUCACAUGGUAUAGAUCUACAUACCCGCAACUUGGUCUUUACCAUACCGGAUGUACACAAUCUAACCGAGGACAAACUUACUGGAAUUAUGGGCGCACCAGAAGUCGGCCAUAUCCGAAGGAGCGAUGGGAAGGACUUGGGGCCUGGUGUACCGGAGUAUAUUGUGAGGCCUACCUCACACUGGACGCGAUUUUGGAAUCCAGAUUCUACUCCAUCAAUCAAAUUGAUCGACUUCGGGGAAGCAUUCCUACAAACCGCAUCUCCUCAGGUACUACACACACCCCUACCCGUUCGAGCACCUGA